AUGUCUACGGAGUACAUCUACAUGAGAUGCAAGGUUAAACUCCUUCCUCCAACCGCCGACAUGAAGGUCUUUUUUGCCCUCCUUUCCAUCCUCCUGGCUGCUCCCAUCGCCAUCCUUGCACACCCUCCCGGGCUUUGGGUUAAAUGUGCCCCUGAACUUACGUGUUACAAAAACGAGGAUUGCCAACAUGCUCCGGAUUGCGUGGCGAAGUCUUUUCACCAUUCGCCGCUUGAUAUGUUUUGUGGUGGAGUAUUUGAGCCCCACUCUUGCUGGGUGUAUACGAAAUGGCCCGGUUAUUAA